AAAACUAUCCGGGGAGAAUGACCUUCCGAGAUCUCUUUGCUCUUGAUGAACCCUGGAAUUCUAGUCUAACAGGGCGUGCCUACAUGCAAAACUUGGUUGAUUUGGUCCUAGAAAGAUACAACAGAAUCAACCAAAAGACCCUCACUUGUGAGUAUAUUGUCAGGGCUGUUGUCGGUACUGUCGCCGGUCACAAGUUCUACAUCACCUUCAUGGCCAGAGAGACUCCAGAUGGACAUCUUGUUGAGUAUCAAGCUAAAGCUGACAAAAGGUGCUGGCAAACACAUGUUCACGCCAUCUUCUGCAGGCCAACUCCUCCACCAAAAGUUAUACAGGAGCCAAUGGACGACGACGAUUCUGAUUCUUCCAGUGGUUGUGAGUUAAGUGACGGGUCCAGCCGCGAAAGUGACCAAGAAUGGGAUGUAGAUAGUUUGGAUGACGAAGAGUUCAAGCCCCCGGAAAUGGUGGUUCUCACCGAAGAGGAAAUUGAAAAAAUGCGUCUAUAUAGACCUCAGAUGUACCGGAGCAAGGGUUUCUACGUGGAUGGAGAAAGCUACUCUGGGAUAACAGACUACUUCUCUCAGGUUGUUCUUGAUGAACCCCUUUGGAGAUAUAGGAUUACAGGCCGUGAAUACGUGCAAAACAUGGUAGAUUUGGCUCUCGAAAAAUACAACAAUAUCAAGGGAUCGAGUGUGACUUGUGAAUCGAUUGUGAGGGCUAUUCUGACUAGGGUGACCGGAUUCAAGUUGUACAUCACUUUCAUGGCUAGAGAGUCUCCCGAUGGAGAUCUUGUGGAAUAUCAAGCUAAGACGGAGAAGAAGGUCUGGCAACGUAAAGCUCACGCCAUAUUUUGUAGACCAACUCCAAAAUUAUAAGGUUACUCUCUAUUUGAUUUAUUGUAAAAGCUAACAACUAACUUUGGUUUCUGAUCGCUUUAGUAACACAUGUGAUGUUCAUUUUUGCAUGACAGCUGUUUCAUACCAUAUGCAAACAUAAGUAAUUAAUUGGUCUCAAAGUCA